AUGGGAGUGGUCAGUAUGACACAGCGGAAGAAGAUUCUGUACGGACUAUUCGGCAUCAUCGUGGGACUCUGUAUCGGGGCACUGCUCCGUAACUACCGGACGCUCGAGAUUGUCAGCAUGUGCAACACCAUCAACAACAUGAAGCAGAAAUCGGCGUUAGACAUCAUUGGACUGCAGCCGUCGGAGCUGCCCACCAACUCCCAGAACAACCUCGUGUUCGUCGGUGUGAUGACGGCGAAGGACUUCCUGCAGGGACGGGCCCGGGCCGUGUACGAGACGUGGGGCAAGCGUGUACCGGGCAAGGUAGCGUUCUUCAGCUCGCAGGACUCGGUCGCACCGGACCUGCCGCUCGUAGCGCUCAAGGGCGUAGACGACCGGUAUCCGCCGCAGAAGAAGAGCUUCAUGAUGCUGCACUACAUGUACGAGCACUAUAUCGAUCGUUUCGAGUGGUUUGCCCGGGCGGACGAUGACGUGUACAUACGUACCGACCGGUUGGAGAAGUUCCUCCGCUCGAUCGACAGCUCGAAGCCGCAGUUUAUCGGGCAGGCCGGGCGGGGGAACAGCGAAGACUUUGGGCUGCUAUCGCUCGAGUUCGACGAGAACUUCUGCAUGGGUGGACCGGGCGUGAUCAUGAGCCGCGAAACGCUGCGCCGUGUCGCACCGCACAUACCCACCUGUCUGAAGAAUCUCUACAGCACGCACGAGGACGUCGAGGUGGGCCGGUGCGUGCAGAAGUUUGCUGGCAUCCCGUGUACCUGGAACUACGAGAUGCAGUCCAUUCUCCACCACAACUCGAGCGGUAACCGAGCGUUCUCCGGUAACCUGAAGAGCAAAGAGGUCCACAGUGCAAUCACACUGCACCCGGUAAAGAAGCCGGCCUUCAUGUACCGGUUGCACGCGUACAUGCUUGGUCUGCAGGCGCAGGAACUACGCCAGGAGUCACUGCUGCUGCAUCGCGAUAUCUCCCAGAUGACGGCACUGUUGCAGAUACCGCGCAUCAACAAAAACCUAGCGCCCGGUGUGCCGAUCUUCCCCGAGGAUGAAACCAGCACCGGAUAUCUCGGCGACCAUAACGUGCUCGGUGCAACUCCAGAUCUGAACCGACACCGACCACGCACGCUGGACGAAGUGAUCGAGUGGGACUUUAUCGCGAAGAGCCUCUAUUCGGGGAUGCACCCAAACCCAAAGCGUCGCACUGAGUCGUCGCUCAAGGAAGGGCUCACGGAUGUGGUCCGGGAGAUCAUGGAGCACAUCAAUAACUUCUCGCGGCAGCGGGGCCGUGUGAUCGAGUUCCGGGAACUGCUGUACGGGUACAUGCGCGUCAACAGCCUGUACGGGCAAGACCUCAUACUGGACCUGCUGCUGGUGUACAAGAAGUAUCGCGGCAAAAAGAUGACCGUGCCGGUACGGCGACACCUCUACAUACAGCGCUCGUUCACGGAAAUUCGCGUCCGGGAGAUCGUCGACGGUGUGGUGCCUAGUCAAGCGGUGACGUCCAGUCCACGGGUGUCACCAAGCACCGACACCACGCGACACUUUAGCAACGCGACCGGGCUGGAUCGCAUCUCCCAUCGCGUGAAGUCACUGUUCAACGGGUUCGAGCGGUUAACGGACACGCUCGCAAACAGCGGCAUGUCACCGAGCGCCGGUACGCGGCGGGACCGGAUCGUGCUGGUGAUACCGCUGUCCGGCCGGUCGGAAACGUUUAUGCGGUUUUUGCGCAACUUCGAAGAGGUCGCACUGCGGCAGGACGGGGCGACCGACCUGUUGGUGUCGAUGUACGUGGAGCCGGUCGAGACGCCGAUGAUUGUGGCGUUGCUGGAUAACCUUAAAGCCCGGUACCCGGACAGCCGCAUCAACUACUCGCAGCUGUACGGGAACUUUUCGCGCGGCAUUGCGCUGGACCACGCGAUCAAGUCGCCGCACUGCAACGCGGAAGACAUCCUGUUCUUCAUCGACGUGGACAUGGUGUUUACGGUGCAGUCGCUCGACCGCAUCCGGCACAACGUGAUCCGCCACCGGCAGAUCUACCUGCCGAUCGUGUUCAGCGAGUACGAUCCGCGCGCACCCAGCACGAUCCUGUCGCCCGGCUGGCUGGCCUCACCGACGACCGAGCGGCCGAAGAUGGCGGCCGACACGGACCAGCCGCGCAACUUCUCCGUCCCGUACCGGAUCACGAACGACAACGGGUACUUCCGCCAGUUCGGGUACGGGCUGGUCGGCAUCUACAAGGCCGACCUGUUGCGGUCCGACCUGAAGGGGUUCAGCACCGACAUUACCGGCUGGGGCCUGGAGGACGUCAAGUUUCUCGAGAACGUGAUCGCCCUCAACCAGCGCGGCAACCAGCGGCUGCAGGCGAUCGCGGACGGUCGGUGGGAUCCGUUCGGCAGCGCGGCACCAGCGGACGGAUCGGUUCCGCCACCGCCGAGCGAGGAGCUCGGCAUCUUCCGGGCGCCCGAUCCGUCGCUGGUGCACAUCUUCCAUCCCAUACAUUGUGAUACGAGCCUGGAGGAGGCCCAGUACAAGAUGUGUCUCGGCACCAAGGCGAACACCAUCGGCAGCUUCAACAUGCUGCACGACCGGUUCACCCGCACCCAGACGCUCCUAAUGUUUGCCCGCACCCACAGCCAAAACCGUGGCAACGGAUAG